AUGUCCACACUUUUCGGCGGAAGCCAACCCCAGGCAAACACAUCUCUCUUUGGUAAUGCCAACAAGCCAUCUCUCUUUGGCGCUACGGCAACGACAGGCCAGGCCGGCGGGUCUUUGUUCGGCGGAGCACAGAACCAAGCAUCGACCGGCACUGGAAUUGGCGCAGGUGCUACUCAGCAACAAUCCGGAUCCCUAUUUGGCCAAAAGCCGCCGCAGCAGCAGGCCUCGACUACUACUACCGGUGGGCUAUUUGGCGGUAACCAACCCCAGGCCAGUAGUAUGUUUGGUGGUCAGCAGCAGCAGCAACAACAACAGGCGCAGCAACCGCAGCAACCGCAACAAUCCCAAUUCGGCCAGACUACGAUGGCGACACCACAGACUCAACAGCAACAACCUUCUCUUUCCUCAAGUCUUUGGUCUCCCGGCCGUGCGAUCACCGGAGUCCACCGAACUGUGCCCAUGCAAGUCGCCAUUAUCAAAGACAAAUGGGACCCCCCAAGCGCCACUUCGCCAUUCCGCGCUUACCUGUAUAACAACGUCGGCGAGGAGGCUGCGCCUUUCUACCAACCUGGUCCCGAGGACGAUGAAUCUAAAUGGGAGGAGGCUUUGCGCAAGAGACCAGGCCCAGGAUAUGUCCCCGUGCUUGUCAAGGGCUUCUGGGACCUCGGCAAGCGCGCUCAGCGACAACGGGACUUCCUUACUAUGAUGCAAUCGCGCCUGCAUGAAAUCAAUAACUGCCUGACUGGACUUCUCUCGAAGCACGACCUCAACAUUUCCGUCAAGAUCGCCGACUGCCGCCGAAAGCACAUCAUCCUGAGUAAGCGAUGCCUCGCCCUUGCCGCCAAGACACAGAUUCUCCGCAACCGAGGCUAUGCCAUGGAUGAAGCAGAGGAGGAGCUGAAGAAGAAGCUGUUCGAGCUGGAGCGUCAUGUUUUUGACCCCUCUCUUAAUGGUCGCGCUGAGGAAAUUUGGGCUCGUAUGUUGGCUAUCCACGAGCACUCCAAGCGACUGCAGGUCGAGUUGGAUCGCGCUGGUGUGAACGUGGCGCAACCAGAAGACGAUAUUGACGAGCAGACAUUGAAGACGGCGAAGAAGAUUCUUGAUGACUAUCACUCUCAGAUCCAGCAUCUGCAGAAAGAGAUGGAAUCCAUCAAAUCCGACUUCGAGGAGACAGCGAAGGCUCUCGGACAGUAA